AUGAGGUUCUUGGUUGGCAUUGUUGCCGCGGCGUGCUUCCAGCUCUGUCAAGCGAAAACCGUCACCUAUGAUUUCAACUUGACUUGGGUCAAUGCCGAUCCCGAUGGACUACAUGAACGCAAAGUUCUGGGUGUCAAUGGACAAUGGCCACUUCCCAUCAUUGAGGUUGAGAAAGGUGACCGGCUCGUGGUGAACAUGCACAAUAGUCUCGGGGAUAAGACCUCAUCCAUCCACUGGCAUGGCUUAUACCAGAAUGGAACCAACAACAUGGACGGACCAUCAAUGGUCACUCAAUGUCCUGUCUUGCCCGGCUACUCAUAUACAUACAACUUCACCAUCGAACAAACGGGCACAUUCUGGUACCAUUGCCACGUCGAUGCAUGCUAUCCCGAUGGUCAGCGCCAGGCUCUUGUUGUCCGUGAUAAGGAUGCAUACUUUGCAGACGAGAUCAACGGAGAUAUCACAUUGACCAUGAGUGACUGGUAUCAUGACAUGACCGAGAACCUCUCCCAAUCCUUCCUCUCCCCCACGAAUCCCGAUGGCGACGAGCCCAUCCCUAACUCAUUCCUGUUUAACGAUGCUAUGAAUACAAGCAUUCCUGUUGAGCCUGGCAAGACGUAUAUGCUGCGACUGGUCAACAUUGGCGCUUUCGUGAGCCAAUACUUCUAUAUUGAAGGUCACUCAUUCCGCAUUGUGGAGAUCGACGGUGUUUAUACUGAGCCUACGGAAGCGGAGAUUCUCUACAUUGCUGUUGCCCAGAGAUAUUCGAUACUGGUAACAGCUAAGAACACCACCCACAAGAACUUCCCUAUUGUCACUGUCGCCGAUGCACAGCUAUUGGACUCGGUUCCUGACACCCUCAAGUUGAACCAGACAAACUGGUUACAAUAUAAUGCAAGCGCGCCUCACCCCCAAGCUGUUCUGAAUAUCACCUCUUCAACCCAGCUUAAUCCUUUCGAUGACAUGGGGCUAUACGCAUAUGAUCAGAUGGAGCUUCUUCCUGAGCCUGAUAUUACUAUUACUGUCAACGUAGCUAUGCAAGAAGCUAGCAAUGGAGAAGGCUACGCCUACCUCAACAACAUCUCCUAUACCAAGCCUAAGGUUCCAACCCUCUACUCCGUCCUCUCAUCAGGGUCUCUUGCAACGAACCCCAAAGUGUACGGAAAUGAUACAAACCCUUACGUCCUUGGUCAUAACCAAGUUGUCGAGAUCGUGCUCAACAACAACGACACGGGCGCACAUCCUUUCCAUCUUCACGGGCAUACAUUUCAACUUCUUGACAGGUUCCCACCCUACGGCCCACAUUUCUUCGACUAUGCCGAUACCGAUUAUCGGGUUACGUAUAAUCCUAACAAUCACACUGCGUUCCCGAAGGUUCCCGCUCGCAGAGAUACUUUCGUUGUACCACCACAAGGGUACUUUGUUAUCCGAUUUGUUGCGGAUAAUCCAGGCGUCUGGUUCUUCCACUGCCAUAUCGAUUGGCAUCUGAUGCAGGGACUGGGUAUGCUUCUCAUCGAAGCGCCUUUGCAGAUACAGGAGAGAGUUUCUAUCCCGCAACAACAGUAUGAUCUCUGUAAGGCUGCUGGUAUCCCCACUGAGGGUAAUGCGGCUGGUAGCACAGAGGAUUACCUUGAUUUGAGAGGGCAGAAUUUGCAGGUUCCUAUUUAA